AUGACAGAGGACUUGGUCGAUUCACGGCCCAAAGAAGUUGAGAGUGAAACCAGUUCAGAUGAUGCUGGUCCACCGACAGCCGACGAAUUCUUUAAAUCGCCGGAUUUUUAUAAAAAUGCCCAGCAAUAUUGGUCACGUAUCGAUCCAACCAUCGAUGGCAUGCUCGGCGGUUUGUCAAUCAUCGACACAACCGAUGUCAAUGGAUCUGCACGCUUUCUAAACCAACUGUUUAAAAUGAAACCAGCGCCUGGAACAACACGAGCACUUGACUGUGGGGCGGGAAUCGGUCGUGUUACAAAAAAUCUGCUCAUGAAUUACUUCAAAACCGUUGAUCUGGUGGAACAAGAUGAGAAUUUCGUUCGAAAAGCUCACGAUUACCUCAGUACAAAUGACCAACUAAAUGAGAAAAUCGGAACGAUUCAUAAUGUUGGACUACAAGAUUUCACACUAACCGAUAAUACAUAUGACGUGAUUUGGUGCCAAUGGGUACUAGGCCAUUUGACCGAUGAAGAUUUGGGUGCAUUUUUCAAACGAUGCACGGCUGGGCUCACAAAAAAUGGUUGCAUCAUUAUCAAAGAGAAUUUCACAUCAACCAAUGAUUUUUGCAUCGAUGCAACGGAUUCAUCGGUAACACGAUCGCUUCGAGUGACUAAAACCAUUUUAGAAUCAGCCAAUUUACGCAUUGUUAAAAUUUGCAAACAGGAUAAUUUUAUUCAAGGUCUUUUCCCCGUUUAUUCCAUAGCAUGCAAACCCAAUCGAAGGAUUCAAUAA